AUGUCGGCGAAUCUUCUCCGGGACUAUCUACAAGAGAUCGCGUGGGAACAAGGCUCAUCUCCUCAUGAGAGCGACAAGGAGUUCCAGGAACUGGUCAAUAUGAACUCCGAUGAACUCCGUGGCUGGUUAGAAGAAGGAGAAUCGGCAGACGUCCAGGUGGGCCGCAAACUUGUGGAGGUCCUCGAACACCAUCCUGAGGGGCAGUCGUCCCACUACACCGACGCCGAAAUCCCCCACGUGCGUCGUGUGAUCUCGUAUUGCAAGCGUCAUCUGGCGCAGGAGGAAUCGGCCAAGCGGAACCCUCACAGCCGCAGCUAUCGGUCUUUGAAGAACUGGGGCCAUUAUGCGCUCAAGGAGUUUCCUUAA